ACCGCGUUCUCCUCCUGCCUCUUUCUUUCUCCCUUCAAUUACCGUCAGGUAAACGUAUUCCUUGCCUCUUUUCAUAACUUGGACCUUUGGUGUCCUGUCACUCGUUGAUCACGAACACUCCCUCGUCUUCACCCCCGCUCUCUCCAUAACUUCAUUCUUUUUCUCCUAUUUAGAUCACAAUAUUCACCAUGAUCUCCACAUUUGCAACUCUCUUCCUCUCCCUCAUUGCUACCUCUGCAGUAUCUGCCAUCGUCAUUCCUCGCGCGACCGCCCCCAGUGGCUGGAACACCGCAGCUCUCGAGCCCUAUGACACCUACCAUUGCAGGUAUCUCGCAAUUCAGUGCCAAAACCAGCACAACACGCAAUUCUUUACUGAUUGCUGCCACCCCCUCGCUGCCAAUGAGAGCGUAGAUGCUCUUCCCUCUCAGUGUCAGAUGCCAACUGGCUCUUCGUGCAGCAAUGGUGUACUUGUGUCGACUGGUGCGACCGACGAUGGUGGUUGUGAUGAGCCCUCAUCAACCCCAACAGCUCCUGCAUCCUCCACGAUCAGUACCACUGUGACGGCUACUCCUACCCCCACUACGAGCAGUACCACUGUGAAGGUCACUCCUGCCCCUACUACGAGCAGUGCCCCCGUCAACGUUGCCCCCGUUCCCACUACAACGCACGUAUACACCCCCAGCUCGUCUUCCUCCAAGGCAGUCUCGACGACCGCACCAUCGACUGGUUCUAGCGACAGCAGUCUUAACUAUGGCGGAUUUGCAACUUACUUCUACCAGAACAACAACGCAGGCGCAUGUGGAACAGUCCACGCUGAUUCUGACUAUAUCUGUGCUAUGGACCAGGACCGUUAUGGCUACUCUGGCAAUUCUUCCCCUCUUUGUGGCCAACAGGUCCAAAUUACCAACGAGUCCAACGGCAAGACUGUUGUGGUAACCGUUGCUGAUGACUGCCCUACUUGUGACAAUGCAAACUCCAUCGACCUGUCGGUGGCUGCCUUUGAAGCUAUCAGUGACCUUUCUGUCGGUGAAGUUUCCAUUGUGUGGAAAUUCCUUUAGUUGUUCUCCCUUAGCAAACACCGCCUGCCCCUUUCAUCGUUCACUGUUUUCAGUCCUUUCUGUGUCGCAUUGAUGCGUUAUUUGUUUUGACGGGCUAGUCCCGUUGGAGCGCGGUGGUUACUGACCUUGGCGUUUACGAGCCCAAUGACCCUGGUGGCUGUUGGUCUCCAGACCCACGAUCAAAUACCCAUUCCCUCCACUGGCAACACAUGUUCAUUAUUCCCUCAUUUUCAUAUGGUUUUGCAAGCAUUCGGAAUCACGCACACACACGAGUCUCUUUUGUUAUCGGGUUUUUAUUAUAUUCAGGGCAUGCAGUAUGUUCCAUACAUUGUUGUUAGCUAGGACUACAGUAGUGUCGUGGAUGCUUGAUCAUGUCAUAUUCACAAUAGACAACGCAGUGCGUAAUAACAUGGAUAUGAAAUCA